AUGGAGCAGCAGCAGCACCAGCAGCAGCAGCUGACCGGUGCGCACUCGGGGAGCAGCGCCGGCGGCGGCACCGGCGACAGCGGCACCGGCAGCAGCGGCAGCAGCAGCAGCAGCAGCGGCGGCGGGACCCCGCUGGUGCACCCGCCCCCGCCGGGGACCCCCAUAGCGCACCCGCCGCCUCCGGUGACCCCGCUGGUGCACCCCCCGCCGCCAGUGACCCCGCUGGUGCACCCCCCGCCGCCCGUGACGCCGAUGACGCAGCCGACGACGCCAGGAGUCCUGAUGGCCCAGCCGAUGACGCCCGGAGUCCUGAUGGUCCAUCCUUCUGCACCAGGAGCGCCGAUGGCCCAGCCGCCGCCGCCUCUGGGAGCCCCGCUGGCCAAACCUCCGGCUUCCAACCUCAUGAUGAUCCCCCAGGGCGGCAGAGCGCCCAUCAUCCAGCCGCCGGUGUCCGGAGCGCCCAUGGCGCAACCAGUGGCUCCCCCGGCCCAGUCACUGGCCACUUGGGCCCCGCACGGUCAGCCCUUGAUCUUGCAAAUCCAGUCUCAGGUCGUCAGGGCCCCGCCACAAGUUCCCCAGCUCCCUCCACUGCCUCAGAUACCCCAGCUGCCCCAACCGCCCCAGGUGCAGCUGGCCACGCCCCCCGGCUGGCAAACUACCACACCUGGGUGGCAGGCCCCGCCCCAGGCCUGGCAAGCCACGCCCUUGACCUGGCAUACCACUCAGGUCACGUGGCAGGCCCCUGCCAUCGCCUGGCAGGCCCCCCCGCCACCCCCGCCACCCCCGCCGCCACCCCCAGUGCGCCAGGGGCCCCCCCCAGCCAUGCGUUCCGGGCCUACUCCUAUCCGCCCUGGACCACCCCCAGGCAUGCGGCAGAGCCAGAAUACGGGCCGCCAGGCCUCACCCAGCAUGCGCCAGACCCCGCCCUCCAUGCGCCAGCCGCCGCUGCUCCGCCAGAUGCCCAUCCGGCCGGCUCCGCAGGCCUUGGCGUCUCAGCCGCAGCUCUGGCACACCCUGCCGCCUCCCCCACCCUUGCGGCAGGCCCCGCAGGCUCGUCUGCUGGCCCAGCAGGCCCAGGGGCCGCCACCUGCGCUGCAGGGACCCGUGGUGCUGCCCGUUGGCCCCCAGGCGGCCCAGUUAGUGCUGCCCGUCUCACAGGCUGACCCCGAGGCUGACCCUGAGGCUAGCUCGGAGGAGGACGAGGCCUCAGAGGAGGCCCCCGCGGCCGUGCACUGCCCAUCCAUCAUCUGGCAGGGCCCCAAAGGCCAGGUCCUCGUGCCAGAGGAGCUGCCCAUGUCGCUGGAGUACGAGGAGGUGCAGCAGGCCGAGGAGGGACCCAGUCACUUCUGGCAGCCUCUGCCCGCCCAGGAGGCCCAGGAGCAGGCCCCCGUGAUGGUCCAGCUGGAGCAGCAGCCCUUUCGGGGGGCUCAGGACCCCCAAAAAGCCAGGCAGACUCGGCUACCCUCCCAGGAGGCCGAGCCCACGGGCUUGCAGGCAGAAAUGCCAACAGUGCAACUGCAACCAUCCUGGGAAGGGUCACCCCCCAUGCUGCAGGGGGAACCCGAAGGACCCCUAGAGGCGACAAAUUUUCCCAGGGGUGCCUCUAGCUCAUUUAUGACUCCAGGAGGAGAAUCUAGGGCCUCUAGCUCUAGAGAGCACGGGGGCUCUUCUAGAGAACGCGGGACCUCUUCGAAGGAGAAAAAGGGCCCUCCCAAAGAUCGCAUGAUCUUUGCUGCCACCUUCAGUGCUACCAGGGCGAUGCCAGUCUCCAGGGCACACCUGCCACCUGCCUGGAGGAACUGGUCAGCCACCUCGGAGACCUGCAUUGCCACCCCGAGGGUCUCUCCAUCUACCUCCUACUACCGGGCUGCCUCUCCUCAUGCCUUCACAGGCCCACUGGCCACCACUGAGGGCCCCAGGCCACUGCCCUUUUGUCUGCCUGGGCCAUACGCCUGCAUGGGGCCACCCCUGCCUGCCGUCCAGUGGGUUCCAGAACCCCAGGUGAAUGCCCCGAGAGCAUUCAAGAGGGUGCCCACCGUCCCCAUGGCGACAGCCGCUGUCCCGAUGGCCACAGCCGUUGUCCCCCCGGACUCCAAGACCGUGGAGCCACCACGCCGCCCGUGCAAAGCCACACGGAAGAAGAAGCAUCUGGAACCUAAAGAGGACAGGGGGGGCCGCCGGGUGGCCAUGUGUGACUUUCUGGGCCUGCCAGCUGGGGAGGAUCCCAGAGUGUGUUACUGGGAGGGACAGGGUUCUGACCAGCUUCUGGGGGACUACCCCUACAUCUCUGGUGCCAUAAGUGGCUGGGAGUGCAACAAUACCUCCAGGAUCCUGAGUGGGUGGGAACCACCCAGCACCUGCUGGGCAGUGGAUGGCCCCAGCACCUCCAGAGCCACAGGUCACUGCAGAGGCCCACACUGCUCUCUGCCAUUAAUCAGUGAGGCCUUCUGUCUCUCUCAGGGAUCCAGGGCCACCCAGAGGGGUCGCCAGGGGGCACUGGAGCCAUUGUCUCCCUCAGAUGGGAGAACAGAUCCACUGGUGCAAUUUCUCUUGGUCAAUGACCAAGUCCAGGUGCCCAUCCAGCACUCGGAGAUGGUAAAUGUCGUCCUCCGAGAAUACAACCCCGAGUGCUUUGAUGAUGAUGAUGACGAGGACGACACUACCACCAUGAAGUGGGGGUGUGCCUUUGGUCGGUCAAAGGGCGGCUGUGCCAGAAGCCGGACCGAUGUGAUCAUGCAGAAGAUGGGGGAGGCUCAGGGUGGUUUUGUGGCUCCCUGCUUAGACAGGCCCAAGUUUGGCCUUCUGAUGGUGGUGCUGAGCCUCAUCUUCAUGAAAGGCAACUGCAUCCGGGAGAGUCUGAUCUUUCAUUUUCUCUUCCGGCUAGGGCUGGAUGUCCGGGAGACCACUGGUCUCUUUGGGAAUGCAAGGAAGCUCAUUACGGAUGAGUUUGUGAGGCACAAGUACCUGGAGUACAGGAGGAUCCCUUGCACUGAGCCAGCGGAGUACGAACUCCUCUGGGGGCCCCGGGCAUUCCUUGAGACCAGCAAGAUGCUGGUCCUGAGGUUCCUGGCCAAACUUCACAGGAUCGACCCCCAGAGCUGGCCCUUCCAUUACCUGGAGGCGCUGGCAGAGUUUGACAGUGAUGAUGAGGAGGAUGUGGAGGUGGAGGUGGAGGAAGACGCUGCUCUCUGUGCCAAUGGCCUGGGGUCCUGCAUGCUGCUGGCCCACCUGUGGAUGACAGGGGCUGCCCAUGCCUUUGCGUUUGCUUCUGAAUGGCUGAGAGCCCAGGCAAUGGCAGAGUACAGCCCGCCAGCGCCGCCGGUCACCAGGACCUUUUCUGCAAUCAGCAAACCUGCCGGAGGGUGCUCAACUGCGUCUCAGACUCUUCCCCCUGAAAUCGAGACGCAGCCCCAAGAUGUGCAAUAG